CUCGCCAAUUUCCUGGAGGGCCGAUCUGGCAGAGACAUCCUGCGCCACUUCUUCGGUUUCAAGUUUCAUCCGUAUCCAAAAAAAGUUCUUGAUGAAGCCAUUUUCGUCGGCAUCGACACUGAGUGGUGGGAGCAUGACCCGCACCCAACAACGGAAGUUGGUAUAUCUUCCCUCUACCCUCACAGCAUAAUGCGUUAUCCCGGCUUCCACGCAGAAUUCAUUCUCAAAAAUAUCGGCACCCACCAUAUACGCAUUACCGAAUAUGCACAUCUCGUCAACAGUUUUCCUGGGGCGGGUGAUCCCGAGCGCUUCCACUACGGCAAAACUGUCUUCCUCACGACCGAAGAGACUCGCCAAGCUCUGUACAAAGCCUUCACACAAAAGGGAGAACGUGGUACGCUGAGGCCGAUCAUCUUUAUUGGACACGAUACUUCUGGCGAUUUUGUAAAGAUCAAGGAGGAUCUCGGUGUUGACAUAAUGCAGUUUGGGAGCGUUGUCAAGAUCAUCGACACGCAACAAAUGGCCAGUGAAAUGGGAAUUAUGGGUACAAAAGGGCCAAAAAUCAGCUUGAAGGAGUUGGCUCAGUACUUUUUAAUUGAUCCAGUGGACCUUCACCAAGCUGGAAACGACAUCGCGAACAUCAUGUUCGUUGCUGUUCUCAUGUCCCUCCGAGACGAACUGUAU